UUCGGGCAGCUUUCGUGCUCCAAUCCAACCAGUCAGUACCUUUCGUCAUCUGCUAGGGUUCGCAAGUGUCUUUUUUUCGUUACAGUUCUAUUUGAAGUUUUGUGAUUCGUGCUAAAAAUCUGUGCUGUAACAAGCCGGCAUCCUCCCAAAACGUUCAUUGCGAAUCAAUUCACGCCCAGUGCAUUCUUCAAUUUUAGGACAACAGGAAGCAGUUUAAACGAAUCUCAACAUGCCAGUUCCGGAGCUCCAGAAACCAGCGCCCAAAUUCGCCGGUACCGCCGUUGUCAACGGUGCUUUCAAGGAGAUCAAGCUGGAAGACUACGCCGGCAAGUACCUGGUCAUCUUCUUCUAUCCACUGGACUUCACCUUCGUGUGCCCGACCGAGAUUAUUGCCUUCUCCGAUCGGGUGGAUGAAUUUCACAAGCUGGGUUGCGAGGUUAUCGGUGUCUCUACCGACAGUCACUUCACCCAUCUGGCCUGGAUUAACACCCCUCGCAAGCAGGGCGGUCUGGGUGAACUUGGAAUUCCGCUGCUGGCGGACAAAUCGAUGAAAAUCUCGCGCGACUAUGGAGUACUGCAGGAGGAAAGCGGUAUCCCAUUCCGUGGACUGUUCAUUAUCGAUGGCAAGCAGAACCUUCGUCAGGUAACUGUCAACGAUUUGCCCGUGGGACGCAGCGUAGACGAAACCAUUCGUCUGGUUCAGGCAUUUCAGUAUACUGACGAGCACGGUGAGGUCUGCCCGGCCAACUGGAAGCCCGGUUCCAAGACGAUGGUUGCUGAUCCAAAGAAAUCUAAGGAAUACUUCAACGCCGCUAACUAGAGGGGCCGGGGUAUUCAACAUAAUUAUCGUAUCUUUAAGAAGCUAGAGAUAAUACUAAUCACUAAAUGAACAAGACCCGACACUAAUAACUUCGUACCAUGUUCCUCCGUAUAUAAUAGUAUGCGUGAAUAAGCAUUAUUUAUACCCAUCCAGUAGAAGAAAGGAUGCUCUCUAAAAGAGAUUCCCGAAUAGCCAGGAGCUAGCAUUAUCUUAUUUGUGACACAUUGUUGUUUUGUUUGUCCUCUAGCAACCCUACCGAAGAGAAGAAAGUGAGCAAUAAAAAGAAGUAUUGUUUUACCACACCCUAA